GAAGGAAUAAGAUUCUCAACAGUUCUAAGAAAGCGAAAAAGUAAACUGGUAUGGAGGGAAUUGGAAUAGUCAAAAAGCAACAAUCCACUAUCCCUCUAAACAAAGGAACGCCAAGAAAGCACAAAGGUAAAGAAUCUAAAGUCAUCCAAGUAAUGAUAUUACAUGACCAAUAUGAUCACCGGUGAUUAUAAGCAACCAGGCAAUAAAUCAUUCUUUUUCAGGUUUGUUGGGUUUUUGCCUUAGAUCUUGGGUUCUUCUCUAAGAUGGAGACUUCAUCAAGAGCAGAGGUUAUGCAGCCAGCACUCCUCAAAGUUGGUGUUUCUUUAGCUAUUGUAUCCGUGGCUGGUUUUUUCUAUGCUAAGAUCAUGACAAGAAAAGUUACUGUUGUUAAAGAUUGUUCGUUGGAAACUCCGGUCACUUCUCUCAAAACCAUUUCUUAUGAUGGGUUUGAAGACGAAGAUAGCUUCCAUACUUUUCCUUCCACCUGCAUGCCUUUAAUGGAAGAUGAAGGAUCGACGAUCUGGGACUGUAGCAGUCUUGCAAAUACAUUACAAGAUUUAGAAACAGGGGAUGGGGCCAAAUCUGAAGAGAUUCAAGUCCUAAGAAGCAAGAUAGGAGAUAUAGAAAAGAGGGAAUGGGAGCUAGAGAAUCAGUUUAUUCGUUACCGUGAUUUAAAAGAGCAAGAGUCCAUGCUUAUGGAGCUUAAGAACAUGUUGUUGUUGGAGCUGGCCCGUGUUGAGUUCUUGGAUAGGGGAAUUUCUUCAUUGGAGACGGAUACAAUUAUACUCAAGAAUUUGGUUGAGCACUAUGUGGGAGUUCUUGAGCUGUUAGAAGAUUGGAAAUCAGAAAAUGGGCUGCUUCAAAGGAAGGUAAAGAAACUUUUGAGAAGAACGAGGAAGCAAUCACGUGUCAUAGGAGAGCAAAAUAUAAGGAUUGAAGCUGGAGAAACAGCAAUUUUGGCAAGUUGCGAUGCACUAGAAACAAGGAAUGAUAUCAUCAAGAAAUUGGAGGACAAAGUUAAAGAGCUACACACAAUUAUGGACCAAAUGCAACAGGAAAAGAAUGAACUUUUGAGGAAGAUAGAUUUGGCAGAAACAUCAGCUUCAUCGAUCUCCACGAUUGAAGGAGAAGGUGUAACACUGGAAACUUACAAUCAGCUCGUGAAUGAACUGGAACGGCUCAAGAAGGAUCGAGAAGCUGAGAUUAAGGAAGUGAUUUUCUUAAGAUGGAGCAACGCAUGCUUAAGGCAUGAGUUAUACAAGAAGAGCCAUCCUGAGUCGUCAUGUUUUGAGGGUUGCCAAGAAAUUGGUUCUCUUUUAGAGCACAAUGAGCCUUGCUAUGUCGUUGAGAGUAGUCAUGACGAACAUGCUGCUUCGAAAAGGGGAAAGUUAUUCCAAAGGAUUAGAAGAUGGGUGGAAGGAAGUGGGAAGGCAAAAGGAAAAGUAGAAGAAAAAAUAAGGCACUAAAAGUAAGUGCUUUGGAAGUCACAGUGCUUCAGACGCGGCAGAGGAACAUCUUCAUGCAUGCAUGCAUGCUAGAAGGUCUUGCUGCUGUGCAUGAUCACGAGAUUAUGGAAUUGUAAUAUUUAUUUGCAAGGCUGCGUUAAAAAUUUAAACAGCAAGUGUAGAAGAACCAAUAUAUAUGUAUAUAUUUUGUUUA